AUGACCAUCACCAUGAACAGUGUUUGGAAGAAUCUUCACCCACAGUUUGUUCAUGAUUUUUGUGGAUUUGAGAAGGUAGGUGAGGAGUCCAAAGAAGUCUUCAGCAACGUAGUGACCCUCAGCAAGAAGCUGGAGCUAGAUCUGCCAGAGGAUGACUUCAUUGAACUCCUUGCUGUGCAACACGAGGAGCUUAUUAAUGAAGACCUGGAUGCUCAGGUCGACCCCCUCCUGACCCCCACCAGGCCCAAGCGAGCCAGGCUGAGCAAAGGCAGGGGCAAGGGGAGGGACCCAAGUUCCCGAGGACAGGUCGCUGUAUUGACAUUAACACUCUCCUGUCCAAUGGAGCUCAAGAAUUUUCCAAUGGAUGUACAAACAUGUAUAAUGCCACUAGAAAGUUUUGGGCACACAACGAAUGAUCUCAUUUAUGAAUGGCAAAAUGAGGUGCCUGUACAAGUGGCAGAAGGACUCACUUUGCCCCAGUUUCUGUUGAAAGAAGAGAAAGAUUUACGAUACUGCACUAAACAUUACAACACAGGAAAGUUUACAUGUGUAGAAGUGCAAUUCGAUCUUGAAUGACAGAUGGGCCCCUAUCUGAUCUAGAUGUUCAUUCCCAGUCUCCUGAUCGUUAUUCUCUCCUGGGUUUCAUUCUGGAUCAGUAUGGAUGCGGCUCCAGCCAGGGUAGGCUUGGGAAUAACCACCGUGCUGACUGUGACCACACAGAGUUCAGGAUCACGAGCUUCCUUACCAAAGGUUUUGUAUGUCAAAGCUAUUGACAUUUGGAUGGCAGUGUGCCUCGUUUUUGUUUUUUCAGCACUUCUGGAAUAUACAGCUGUAAAUUUUGUAUCGAGACAACACAAAGAACUUCUGAGAUUUCGAUGAAAGAGAAAGAAUAAGAUAGAAGCUUUUGCAUUGGAGAAGUUUUACCAUUUCUCAGACACGGAUGUUGGGGUAAGAGAAAGCCGAUGCAGCUUCACAGCCUAUGGAAUGGGACCCUGUCUGCAAACGAAAGAUGGUGUGAUCCCAAAGGGCCCAAAGCAUCCUGUCCUGGUAAUGCUGAAGAUCCCAGGUGAAAUGAGGAAGGUCUUUAUCGACUGGGCCAAGAAGAUGGACACCAUCUCCCGAGCCUGCUUCCCGUUAGCCUUUUUGAUUUUUAAUAUUUUCUAUUGGGUUAUCUAUAAAAUUCUUAGGUAUGAGGUUAUUCAUCAGCAACAAGAUUAA